UCAUUCAAUCAAUUGUAUUCCCAAUACCCUUUUCUUCUCCGUCCACCUCCUUCCAUGGCGGUGGAGCUUCUCUCAGCCUACACCAACGCCCAUCUCUCCGCCGCAAUGGACCAAGACUCCGCCGUCCAUGAAGCCGCCUCCGGUAUCCACACCCUCAAAAAGCUCAUCUCAUUACUCUCCCACUCCCCACCUUCUAACCUCGACUCCGAUUGCCAAGCCGUUGCUAACGCCGCCGUCUCCCAUUUCAAAAAGGCCAUUUCUCUCCUCGGCCACUCCCCUCGUACCGGACACGCUCGAUUCCGCCGCGCCCCUUUAGAUUCCUCUCAAAUUUACAACGCAACCCCCAUUCAGCAAAUCCCUCCGCCGCCUCUCGAAUCAGCCACCACCAUUAAUUUCUCUCAUUCCUCGUUUCCCGCCGCCGACUCUGAAAUUAACCUCCAACACCAACCCUCUUCCUCUUCUUUUCAAAUCACUGAUCUCUCCAGGGUUUCCUCUGUUGUCUCUAAGCCCUCUUCUGGCUCCAAGAGAAAGUGCGGCUCUGAAAAUUUGGGCUCUGGGAAGUGCGGCGAAUCCUCCGGUGGUCGAUGCCAUUGCUCCAAGAAGAGCAGAAAAAUGAGGUUCAAAAGAGUGGUGAGAGUUCCAGCUAUUAGCUCAAAGAACGCUGAUAUCCCUCCUGAUGAUUAUUCAUGGAGGAAGUAUGGACAGAAGCCA